UGCAUUAGACAAGAUGAGAGUGCUUUUGAAAAUAAUAAUCCAAAAGGGAGGAGACAGCUGUCAGUAACACAUAGCAAAUAGUCAUUGAAACGAUGUUAAAUCAACAUCUUGCUGUCAACGAUAAAGUCAUUGAAUCAACAUCGAACUCUGACGUUGAUUCUUCAUUAUGUUGCACCGGCCCUCUAUUAUCAUUGAAACAACGUUUAAAUCAUACCUAGAGAUCAAUAGGAUUUCAAUGGUAUUUCGAUUACAAUGGAUAUUGAAACAAUGUAGCUAAACAUCAGCCUGUAAAAUAGUAGUAUACAGCUGCUGUCUGCACUGUAGAUACUGGAAGUGGACCUUUUUUAACUGGUCAAUUUUGAGAUUUUUUUUUUUUUCUUCAAUAACAUGUCUUAUUCAGACUUGUGGUGAAAAAAAGUCCAAAAUACACAUUUAUGUCUUUAUUUUACUACACUUUAUCUGUUUGCGUUGGUAGAUAUCUCCUAAAUUCAACAAAAGCUGGCGUUCGAAAUCAUCCCGCUGCUCCCUGUCAUCACAAUAAUUAUAAUCAUUAGAAAGCUCUCUCUCUCUCCUCUGCAAAUUGCAAUGCUGUCGGAUCCAAAUAUGGUCAUUUCCUUUUCAUCAGCAACUAAUCGUGACAGUAAAAAAAGGGGAGGUGGGAGUUAACCCUAAAUGAGCAAUCUCAUUGGCUGAUGCGAGCCAAUUUCUGACAACGGGAUUCGUUCAGAAUCGUCACGUGACCCGCUCUGAUAUUUCCGCGGUAGCUCAAAAUGGCGAAAGAAGUGCGUCGUCGAAAAUCAACUCAGAGAAGACGGAAACAGUUGUCCUUAGCAAGAAGACCCAGGGGAUUACAAACUAAGAAGACAGCAGACGAUGAAAGGCCUGCACGUAGUAGGCCUACGUCGAUCGGAAAACAGUGUUCAGACAACGGAGGGCCGUCCACACCAAAAGUGUUUGCUGGUGGUAACAGUGUUGUUACCAACAGAAAAGUCAUAGGUGCAACAGGAAACCACCUCAACAUGGGGAUUGAAAUAGAGAGACAUCCAGGAAGCGGUCCUACUGGAAAUGCUGUUGGAGAAGUUCCCCGAGGAGAUUACAUCGCAACUAAUGGAAGUGUGAUUUGUAAUGAUGUAAUAUCUCAUGCCAAUAUUAACGGUGAUCUCAAUUUCAAUUUGACCAUAAAACAAUCACAAGUACCUGCAGGGAGAAUAGACAAGACACCGCCAUCCUCUCAGGGCCCUGCUGUGGAAAUAAUCAUUCAUCACAAGGUGGAACUUGUUGAGUGCCUGAUGGCAGAUCGCUCCUUCAUUCUGCAGCAUGUUCACGCCAAACGUAUUGUCACAGACAGACAAUAUCAGAGAUUGAAGCAUAUCUCACAGCCAGAAGAACGUGUUACUGAGCUGAUGGAUCAAGUGAUCGAUGGAGGUCAAGAAUCCUGCUCUCGUUUUCUUAAAGUUCUCAAAGAGCCCGACAUUCUCCAGACCUAUCCACAGCUCAAAAACAUGGUGCUAGUUUGAAAGAAAUAAGAACUCAGGUCUGUG